CUAUGCAAUAAGAAUAACAGUGUUUGAUAAAUGUUAAAUGCAAAUUAUUACAGUAAUAUAAUGAAAUUACAUAUGUAUUAUGUAUGUUUCUAUUUGUACGCUUAAAAAACAGCGAAUUCGACAAAAUCGUACAAAUCAGCCUCAGCAUACAUACAAUAUGGCUCAUAGUGACAGACUCAGGUCGGUCAGACUCUGACACACCACUCAACGUCUUACGGUAGCUAUAUACUGUAGUUAUAUAAAACGGUCGUGCAAAGAAACUUUUAUUUGUGUUAUGCAUCUGGCAACAUUUUGACUGCUACUGCUGCUGUCUCAGUCAGCGCUGUCAGCAGACAGUCACCAUUUUUAUUGAGAAAUGAGUAUUGUUGUGAAUUUAUUUCAAUCGAAGUGGUAUUUAAAAAAAUACCUGUAAUAUGCUUUAGAGAAAUAUAUUUAAACGAAGUGUGGGUUCAAAAAUAAGCUAUGGAUUCGACGCUAUCCUUCUUUAGUCUACCAUUUGUAGACUCCGAGAGUGCUGAAUUGGCACUAAAUAUCAAGAACGUUAAUCCAGACUGUGGUUAUGACGAGCUUCAGUCCAGUUUGCCCUCACACAGUGGCCUGCUGGGUCACGACGACGUGUUGGCCCAGUUUCUGUCCCCGGACGAGCCGCUGGAGGAGCCCGACCUCAACGGCCCCACCACCUUGCACUGCGAGAUAUGUCAGAAAAAGUUUGACAAUGCUAAGAAGUACUAUGGUCAUCUUAGAAUACAUUCCAAGGGCAAUGCUUGGGUUUGUGACAAGUGCCCGGACCAAAAGUUUGCCACUAAGCAGCACCUCAUGAAGCACAGCCUCAGCCACAAACCCCUGGAGCGAGUGUGGCGGUGUCAGCACUGCAGCCUGUCCUUUGAGGCUCUCUGGAGGCUCCAGCAGCAUCUCUUCUCUACCCAUUUGGAGUACAGACCCCACAAAUGUGAUGAAUGUGAAAAGGCUUUCCAUAAAAAAUCUGAUUUAAAGAGGCACAAAGACAUGCAUAGCAAUAUAAAGAAAUUCGCCUGUUCAGUAUGUGAGGUGGAGUUCAAAGACAAGUGCAAUCUCAAGAGGCAUAUGUUGCGGCACACCAAUGAGAAGCCCUACUGCUGUGCAGGCUGUGGCAAUAGAUACAAACAGUUGGCAUCAAUGAAAAGGCACAGCGUAAAGUGCCCCAAAAAUCAGAACAACAUAAAUGCGGAUGCCAAAGUCCGCAAGAACCAUUGCAGAGUGUGCGGCAUGAUGUUUCAGUACAAGAGUGCUUUAUUGGAACACUGCGUCAGGCAACACACGAGCCCCCCCGCCCCCGCGCCGGACCAGCCCCGCCUCGACACCAUCGUCGACGACAUCCUCGCCGCCGAGGACGACUACCUCUCCCUCUCGCACAAUAACCUCCUCAACUACACCCAGAACGAGAUACAAGACAACAAUGAUAACCUCAUGCAUGUCGAAUUCUUAAAAGCGAUGAAUCAGCUCCACAGUCUUGACGAUGAACUGUUUUAUAACGAUUUAGAUUUAGAUAAUUUCCAAGCUUCACAUAUAUUCAACAUGAACACUAAUGAUAUGGACUAUGGAGAUAAAAAUGGAGAAAUCCUCUUUGAUUUCGCUGAUAAUGGGAGGAGUAUGGAUCAAGAUAUAAUGAAUGUACUCUCCGAUGUUACCGUCCCGGAGACAUCUAAGACUGAACCUGAACAAAACCCACCGGUUUCUGUAAACGAAUGCGCGACAAUUUUUGAAAGUGAUGUUGAUUUAGAAGCCAGUACAAAUUUAGCGGCUAAUUUGAAUCAGUUGAUCGGCGAGAAUAAUGUUCAUUACGUUUCAACUGAAGAUGAUGAUACGUUUAUAAUUAGUUUAAACAGUGCUAUAGACGCCGAGCAGUUAACGGAUAUGUUGAAUAUAGGAGUUGAAUUAGUUGAAAAUAAUACUGAAGAAAAAGCGCCAGAAGUAGUACCAGAACUGGAUAAGACUGAUGAUCAAAUAGAUGAUCCUAUUGUAGUGAAAAUUGAAGAGCCUGUACUCAAUAAUGAAGUGCCUAAUAAUAACAAGGAAAAUGUCAUAGUGAAGCCAAAGAUCAAGAAAUGUACUUUAUUUAUAUGCCGGACGUGCAAUAAAGUAUUUAAAAAAAAGGAAAAUUAUAAGUCACACAAAGCGACACACAACCCGGCGCUGCGCGCGCACCGCUGCGGCUCGUGCGGGCUGCGCUUCAGCUACCGCUCCACGCUCAACAAGCACCGCGCCGCGCACGCGCCGCGCCCGCCGCGCCCGCCGCGCCCGCGGCGCUGCCCGCGCGCCGGCUGCCCCAAGGCGUACGACGCGGCGUGGAAGUUGAAAAAUCACAUAGAGCGGGACCACGAAAAGCUGACACCGUACAAGUGUGACAGACAGGGUUGCGGAAAGAAAUUCUACAAGAAAUGCGACUUGCAGAAACAUGAUAGGUUCCACUCCGGCGAGAGACCGUACUCGUGCGACGUCUGCCGGCGCGCCUUCCAGCAGGUCUCGCAUCUCAAACGCCACGUACGGACCGUCGACUGCACUCGGCAUGCACAGCGAUGAUCCUGGAGCUCCGCUAGUUUAUGAUUACUGUUCUUAAGACUAAUAUUGUGAUAAUGCCCUCUUAAUAUGAUAAAUAUGAUUAUUAAACAUAUUUGAACAUU